AUGUUGACUGACACAAGCAUGAACGAUGAUACAUUAACGCGACGUGCUCAACUAGGAGACAGUCCAACUCUAGGAUCUCUUGCUGAAUUAGUUAGUCAGAAUAUCCCGCUGAAUACGAAGCAAAUGCUUAUAGUGCGCAAGUUGCUAGCUAAUCUUCUGACGUGGGCUGAUUAUCUAUAUGACUCGUCACGCCGCAAUAAAACCCAGAUACCUAAAGCUAUUGAAGCCGCUCUACAUAUCCUUGGUCGAAAACAUGAGAUCAUCCUCACUGCCCCCACGGGUGCUGCCGCGGAGAAUUUAGGUGGUAAUUCUUAUUAUACUUCCCUAGGCAUCAACCUUUCCUACAAAGCAUCCGUAACCGCUCGCGCUCGAAAGACUAUCUUGGUCAUUGACGAAAUGAGUGUAGUUGAUUUGAAAAUGUUAAGUGUCAUCAACAACCAAUGCAAAGUCGCUCGAUCACUCCCUAGAUCUUCCCCGGAUCUUUUCGGUGGCCUUCCGAUCGUGAUCCUUAUGGGGGAUUUCUUCUAG